AUUGUGGGCGUGAGCUGCAGAGACAUCAACAAAAGAGAGAAAAGGAGAAAGGAGAGAAGACGAGAAGGAGUAACAGUAAACGGUCGAAGACAACAGAUAUGUGGAUUUAAUCUUCAUUAACAGGUAGAGUAUCAAUUUAUGGAUACACUUUUCUUCCGAAUACAUCAAUAUUUGACGGGUUUGGUGUAUUUUUUGAAUUUCCCUUACCUUUUCCCGAUGCCUGCAAAUAGAAGGAAGCAGUUGUUGAUAGUGAACGGUCGAUGAAGAGACACAAAUUUCCUUUUUUUUAAUCCUCAUAAGGUUUUUACUGUUGGAAAAAGGUAUUCUUUCUCAUUUUGCAUCAGAUACUUUCAUAGUUUAUAACAUGAAACCGAAAAAUUGUGCGUAUAAAACUGUAAUUUUAGGGGAAAUUUUGGUUUCAGUCUUUAAAACGAAACAGUGGCACUAUUGUUGAAUCUUUCCUCCUUCUUGUCGUUUUGUGUGAGAUAUUUGGCAAUUUAAGACUUGGGUCGAGAGUUAGAUUGCUACAAACGGAAGAUAUUUUCCUUGGCUGUUGUUGUUUGUAUCCUUUGGAUCUGUCUCCUGUCCACAGCAGAGAUUUGUACACGGUUAAAACAUAAACAAACACGAUGGCUCUGGUGCAAAAUACUGUAGUGUAGUCCUUUAGAGUAUAUUAUUUUAUUAUGAGGUUUUACAGUAUACUAUAGUGGGCCUUUUGACGGCUAAGGACUGGAAAAAUCAGCCCCUCCCCCGCUCCUCUUAGAGAGGAUUUAAAAGCCAGCUAUAGAUGCUGUUCACGCUAGCUCCUUCGGUUAGCAUUGGGGGUAAAGCGGUGAAACGGACUAUUUCCAGCGGUGUGGAUGUUAUUUUUGUGUGUUUUAGAUUGUUUAUUAACAGACAGAACCUUGGAUGGGCAUUUGUUUUUCGGUCAGAGGACAGAGGAAGGCGUCUACCUCUGGAAAUCUGACACCGGAGCCCAGCUGAGGGGGAGUGGGCGGGGCUCUGGGCGCUGACCCCUGUUUGGGCUGAGAGGAAAUGUAGGCCAGAGAUCUACCAUGUACACAAUAAAACAUAGAGAAUACUCAAAGUAAACACACUUUUGCAGAGAUUUAUCAUCAUUACACCAGCUCCAACUUUUAAUUGACAGAAACCGAUUCUUCUAUUUUGUCCAGAUGCAUGCAUUACAAUGAAGAGAUAGAUCGACUGUCUUUUAUCUAUAUACAUUUAAAAUUAUUUUAAUACUUUAAUAAAAGACCUUUUAACCGGUUGAUAAACAGGCCGAAACUGAUCCAAAUGCUUCUUGAAGAUGCCCCUGAGCAGACAAGUAAUCUUUAAUACGUAAAGUAAUAGCCUUUUCACACUAUUACUAGGUAAAUAAUCACAGUUAGUGUUAUAUUUUAAUGAUAAAGACCACAGGAUGAGGUUUUUGUUCGAAGAGAUAACUUUCACAUGGACAGGACUGAAGAUACAGGACCAAGAGUGCCUUGCAGCAGCGUUAAAUCAAAGGUUCAAAUGAUUUGAAAACCACUUUUUUUCAUCAGGAUUCUACAGUGUCUAGGUUUUUGUUAACUGUGGUUGUACAUACCAAAUUUUCAUGAGUCUAAAAUUGAAUAUAGUCUCUGAUCUCUUUUUUUGCAGUAAAAGUACUGUACAUAAAACCUCAAGACCACUUGUACCAGUGCCAGCUGAGACAUGGAUGCCUUUAAGCUGAUGAAGGAGCUGCGGCUAAACUAUGAGCAGGAGGUCCAUUAUCUCCCUAAAGAGACAGGGCUGAGCCUCAUCGAGUCCACAACACAGGUGAGCAAAUCUUUUACGCUUCAUAUUCAUCGACCGCAUUAAAAAUUGUAAUUUAUACAAGUAACACAAAUGUUCCAAGUUAGUUCUUUCUCAUUCUUAAUGUUCAACUUUUUUGCUUUUUACUCAGGAUGACAGUCGAAUCUCGGCCAAGUGUAGAGAUGCCAAGGUGGAGGACUUGUGGAGUCUGACCAGCUUCUUUGGUUACAGCACACAGACCUUCGUCCUGGCUGUUAACCUGUUGGACAGAUUCCUGGCCAUGAUAAGGGUACGAACUGCCCACACCAAACAGAACCAGACAGAGGAUAGAGUUUUUUUAGCCUUGUCUGGUAGCACAGUUUGGCUGCAGCACAUACAUUGAGUAGCUUUUUAUAAAUUAAUUCAGGUCGUGGUUAAGCAGUUUCUCACUCAUGCGUUGUCCACCUUAGAUCCAGCCCAAACACCUCUCCUGCGUCAGCCUCAGCUGCCUCCACAUGGCGGCCAAAGUGACAGAGGAGGAGUGCAACGUGACGCCAAGCGACGAGCUCAUCCGCAUCGGACAGUGCAGGUUCACUGUGUCCGACCUUAGCCGCAUGGAGAAGAUCGUCUCGGAGAAGCUCAACUUCAAGUCCAAAGCCAUCACUGCCUUAACAUUUCUACAUCUGUAUCACCAGAUCGCACUUUCGCACUGCACAGAAAGGUGAGACCAGAAAUGGUGAUAUUUGAUUUAUAUUGCAGCCUUACCAGCAUGUUAAGUUUGCUGCUCCUUUUGAGGCAAAUGAUAGACUCUUCUCAUGUUUGAGUGUUCACAUAAUGGUAUGAAUGUUAUGGUAGCUUUACCACCUAAUGUAGGGCAGGAGCCACUGAUCAACUAGGCCUGAUAAGAUUUGGUCUUGGCUGCUAGAACAAAACCCUCACACUUGCAUAAUCCUGGCAAAAGUUUGUUGUUUUGCCUAGUUUAUCCUGAGUUAAAAUUAAAAAUAUUCAGAUUAAGCCACUUUUGUUUUUCCUAUGAUUUAAAGCUUUAACCAGACUGAAAAGAUUUGAAAAAUCUCUUAAACAAGUGUGUAUUUCUCUAGUUCCUCGAAUGACUGUGCGUGUUUUUCCUUGUGAACAGAAAAGAGACUCUGAGCCUGGAGAAGCUGGAGGCGCAACUCAAAGCCUGUCUGUGCAGAAUCUCUUUCUCCAAAGCAAAGGUAAGAAACUGCUGCAGGGUUCAUAGGUCGCUCUGGCUUACAUCAGCUCAGCAGUCUAAUGACACACUCAGAAAUAAGUUUCGUUAUGUCACUGUUUGCUCAAAAACUGGACUGAUUCUUUAGCAAAAAUGUUAAACCUGUUGUUGUUUGUUCCACUCUUCUCCUCCAUUUGUUCAUCCAGCCGUCCGUCCUGGCCCUGUCUCUCCUGAGGCAGGAGAUCGAAGCUGUCCAGUCAGAGGACAUGUUGGAGAUAGCUUAUCACAUCCAGAGACACCUGAAGGUAAAAACAACACCACUUUAUGACAAAAACAACUUGACCAGGGAGAAACUUGACGUAAUGGAAAGAAAAAAAGUUUGCCUUUCAGUAACAUAGGCGACCACAGCAGCUCUGUAGAAAUCAAUUUAAGAGGAAAUUCAAUUUUAAAAGCUUUGAUUUCACAGGACUCGUGGUUUUGUAAAAGUCAAUUUGCUUUUAACAUUGGCCGUAACCAUGAACAUUUAAUAGACUUGACUUCACGAACAACAUGAAAAACUACUUUAGGCUUACCUCUUUAAAGUCUGUAUCUAGUUUCUGGCUUUACAGGACGGAAAAAAAAUACGUACAACAGAAUGAGGCGGGGUCAUAUAUUGAAAAGCAGCCGCUGUAGGGGUUUAUUCUUGGCUUGGCUCUGAUCCAAAACAUUUUUUUAAUUGACGGCUGUUGUUACGCAACUUGCUGUCGUGACGUGAGGCUAGACUCCAUACAUAGCAGAAAAAAAGAGACCUUUAAGACCAGGAACUAUGGCAGGAUUUUUAAAAACAGCUGUGUUUUCCCCAAAACUAAAAUCAUUGAUGGCUUUUUUCAGAACACAGUAUCUAGUUACCUUUUGAAUAAGAUGAUCCAGCCUUUAAAGAACAACAUCCACAGUUUUAAUUCAACUUAAAAAUAUAAACAGUGAAUGAAUUUACUAUGGUUUGUUUUGAUAAAUAGGGUUAUUUUAGGUCUUUAAAAGGCUGCUGACACAGUGACACUUUGCUCCCCGACAUGUUUGUCGUCAAACCCUCCCACCUACCGACGCGCGUACCCUCAGGUGUUAUGUGACCAGCAGAUCAGGUUAUAGAGCAAACCUGCAGACACCGUUUUAACCUGGUUUCUCUUAACCUUGUGACCUGAAAAAAGAAACCAGGUUUCCUUUUACAGGAACAUAGUAUUAUGUGUUAAGUAACAAGGUUAUUUUAGAUACAGUAUCAGUCACUGUACAGGGCUAACAGCCAAGUUUCUUUACUGAUCGGUGUGGUUUGGGUUUCAGAUUGCAGACAGUGAGCUGCUGCUAUGGAGUGAACGUGUGGCGCUCUGUUUGUUGGACUACGCCUCCCCUGAGUGCAGCAAACCCAACCACAGGAAGCUGCAGUGGAUUGUCUCACGCCGGACCGCACAGAACCUGCACAGCUACCGCAGCGUACCUGAACUGCCUACCAUCCCUGAAAACUGCUGGGAUGAGAGCGAGAGGUCAGUCUCAAAGAUUAAUGCAAUCGAAACACCAAAACAGCCAAAACAUGAUACACACCUGAGCAAGAUACUGACAUGUUCUGAAGUUUCUGCAUACCUGAGUAAUUAAGGAUGCUGUCUGACUCACACCUUAAUAAGGCGUGCCGUUAGUAACCCAUAUUCGCAUUAGAGAGGUACAAACACUCAGUUGUUUCAAAGCAAGAUUCUAAGAUUGUGAAGAGCCGAAUACAACGCCCUCAAACAACUGAGCAAGAUACUUACCACCAAAUAGAAGAGCAAACAUGCUCUGGUAUAAUAUUUGAACUCACCUCUAUAAUUUAUAACAUGACCAGAGCUCUGAUCCCAUCAGAGCAAGAUACUCACAAAAGCCCAUACACAGUUCAGUCAAGAUACCAACAGUCUCUGUCUCAAUCUCAUAACAUCAGAGCAAGAUACUCAUGCUGUCAAGGGUUCUACAAAACAACAUGAAAAUAACUACCAUUGGACCAAAACAAGAUACUGGGGGUCCCCUAAACCGUUAACACAUUAAAGGAGAACUCAAACACACUGAAGCAAGAUAAAAUUUACCAGAACAAGUGCUACUGGAGCAACACAAGGCUAAGCAAGAUACCAAAACUGUUGUCAUUACACUUGAGAGCAAGAUAACACUUAGAUCUGAAAUUAAAUAUUCAUUAAAAAAUCUAAAAAGGUCGAAUUUAAAGCUCUGAGCCCAAAAAGUAUCUGAUAAAAUCAAUAUACAAACACAGGACUGAACAUUUAAGUCAAAGGAACAAAGGUAAAAAGUUCAGUCUGAGCCAACCGUGCCGGGUUUCAAAACACAUCAUAAGGAUCAGACUUUGACUUCUGUUGGAUUCAGCUUCAUUCAUAUUCAGAUUGAGCACAUGUGAAAUCAUGUGAUGGCGCACAGCUGACAUAGUCUGCUGUUAAUUCCAAAAACUCCUGACAACAAGAGAGGCAUUUGAGUCUUAGAAGGAAACAGACACACCCGGUUUGUUGCCACACACACACACCCAAUGCUUCAGUAUGUAUGACAAAACAAGGCUUAUUAUUAUUAUUAUUAUUCUAUAAAGUCUCAUCUUGAGUUUGAUUUGGAUGAAAAAACAUUCUUGACUUCUCAGGAUUCACAAAUGUUUGGAGUUUCAGUGAAAAUUUCCAUCGGUGUACUCUGUGCUGCCGCUGUGCUGUAACACUCCCCUAAAGUAAUACAUAAGUUCCCUAUAUGUUGUAACUGCAUGACACACAGACACACAAACCUUCCCCUCUGUGUGUCUCAGCACGUCAGGGCCUCUCAUAUCUCCCAGCACUGUACGAUGGGAGGUGUGCGAGUCGCCAGUCACGUCUCGCUGAGAGACGUUUCCAUGAUGUCACAGGAGGCCAGAGUCUGUGACUUUAUGUAACUUUUUAUCAGAGGUGUUGUGUAAAGAGAAAAACAAAGAAGCGGACAUCAGACUUUCUCAGCUGACUCUUUAUGUAGAGACAUAAAGAGGAAACAUCAUCAAACUCUAUAGCUUUUAUACUUGGAUAUGAAGUUAUACUCCACUUACUCGUGACGCUCAGAAUCAGCAGAUUUCAACAGACUGCUGAGUCCAACCUCACAUCAUGUUGUGAGUCAGAACAUGAGAUCAGCUGAUGACAGAUGGUUAAUGUCUGUUUUGAAACGGUUUCUGUUUACUCCUAUCCUCUGAUUCCUUUCAAUGAUCCUCCUUGCCCUCCUGUGUCACUGUAUGACAAAUGUGGGCUGUUAAUAAUCAUGGGAUCUUGCGUCCUAUGAAUUAAUCCACACUACUUGAUAUUAUAAGAUCUUAAAAAUCAAGUUAUCCCUGUCCUGUUUCUAGCCGUAGAGGACAAACGUGAUGUAAAGCAGACAGUUUCGACCAUAUUCUAGCCCUUUUCAGUUUUAGUUUUGCAUCAAUAUGAUAUACUUUGCGUAAAUCACUAAAAGAAGCAAAACUUAAGUUGAGAAUUAGUGGCCUUAUGAAUACAGUUAAUCCAGUUAAAAGAAAAAUUAAACACAAAGAAAGACACAAGAAUCAAUUGCCAAUGUUAAAUGGUGUAGAAAAGCACAAUUUGGUGCAUAAAAUUCACCAGAAAGCAGAAGAGGAAAUGAUUGGUUCUAAAAAUUCCCUGAGGGAAAACCUCCAACUAACCAAACUUGAUUCAUGUUAAAAAAAGAUCCCUACAGGCAGCACUCUAUCUGUCCCACCUAAUCGUUUUCUACUUUUGUGACGAUACACAGUGUCAUUUGUCUUGCCUCUUAGUGCUUGGCAGGUAAUCUAAUCUUUCAAUCAUCAUAAGCCCACUUCAGAGCCUAAAUUUCUGAUCUGUCAGACCUUGAUUAACCCUUUUAGAGUCUGUGAUAACAUUGUUCCUUAAACCUGAACAUCUAGAUUCCUGUCUGAAGCAAUGUUUAUACACCUCUUUGGUUAAUAAACAUGUUGUCUUUGUCUUUGCAGUGAGGAUUCAUGCGAGGACAUGAUGAGUUCAGGUGAGGAAUCCCUCAGCAGCUCUCUCGGCAGUGACGCAGAGGGGCCCUACUUCCCUCUGCACCUCCGCCGCCAAAAACACCGCCAACACCUCCACGCCUGAUGCCUCCGCCGCCACAGUGUGCCUCUCCGUCUCCACCCCGUUAAACUUCUACACCUGGAAACAUCCUUUUGAAUUAUAAGCUCUGGUGCUGGUGGAGAAUCGCACAACAACUGGCAGCUGAGCGGUCCGGACUUUUCUGGGUAGAAAUGGUAGAUUUUUUUAGUUUGUAGCCGUGUUGGUGCAUGUUGAGAUGUCACAUUCCAGGACAAAAGUUAGAUAAAACUCAGUCGACUAGGCGCAGGGUCAGGUUAUCAUGGAGCUGAGCGCAUAGAGUCAGACUCAAGAAACUCGAGGCUCAGAUGUGAGAUCAGACCCGCAGCAUUUUGUUGAUGAGAGAAAAAAAAAAGCUAAAAUGUGGUGACUAUUUAUCAGAGUUUUUGACUGUUAUCGUUCUUCAGACUGUUUUUAGUGAGAGUAAGGAGGAGUUCUUUUAGUGCAGAAGAUGAGAGCAGCUGUGGUCUUAGUCUUGGCUUGUGAUAAAAAAAAAAAAAACAAAAUCUCUGGUGCUCAUAAUUUAUGAUUUAAAGAGACGUCCAGCUGUUAUCUCGGAACAGGGUCGAGUGAUUUUUCUUCUAUUGCAGCUUCAAUGUUUUAUUUUAUUAACUAAAGUUACCAACUUUUAAGAUUUGAAUGAAUUAAAAAAAAACGUUUUUUUUUUUUUCCUAUUUAGCCAUUUUUAGGUUCUAAAAAAGUUUUUACUUGUAAAUUUAUUCCAGAUUAACCUCUCUUGUUUGGUCAAAUUUAACUAUUUUGAGGUAAAGAUAAAUGUAGGUGCUCAUCACAUAAAAAUUUGACCUUUUUUUUUUUUUUUUUUUUUGCACAGCUGCUUUCUUCUUCUGUCAAUGUUUCAUUUGCACAGUUUUCUUUUCAAACCGUCUUCAAGUGUUUAAUGAGCAGAUUGGAGGUUUUGAGUUUGUGUCUGAAGGGAAAGACACGUGUGCACCAGUUCAUGUGGUUUGAUUUCAGGGCAGCCCUCUGAUGUGCCUUGCUCAAGGGCAACAAAUAAGACCUGACCUUUUUCCUUCAGAUACAAACCCUGCUCACACCACAGGGUAUUCAGAUAGAUAUUUAAAAGGUGUGUUUGUGAGUGUGUGUAUGUAUGACCCUGGUUUAAUAAGUCAAAGUUGCCAACUUUAGGAUGUAGCGUUUAUAAAAAUGUUUUUGUUCUUUAAGUGAGGAUGUCGUAUGAAACUAGAUGAUGCUGACUGUGUCAAAAAAAAAGUCUAAAAAAUGUCCAAAAUGUAAGAAAAUGUUAAUAUAAAAACAUGUAAAACUGUAAAUGAUGUACAAAAAAAUGUGAAUAGUUCUUUGUAGAUAUUAUUUAUUCUUUUUGUCAACUGUACUGAAACAAGAAAAUCUUAUAAAAAUAUUGUUUUAUAA